UAUAAUAAAUGAACCUUCCUCUUCGAUCCUUCGUUGUCUCUUAAAUUGCAACUAGGUACCGCACUCACUAGUCUCUCCAAAAACCCUAAAAAUCUGUGUUUUUCUCCCAUAAACCCCAUACGAAACAAAUCAAUGGCAGAAACCGAAAUCCCAAACGAACCCGCAUUACCCACUAAACGCAAACUCGAUGAGGAUCCAUUUCCUGAAAACAAGCAAGAAAAUCACACCAACAAAUCGCAAAAGCUUGAGUCUCUCACCAACAACUCACCAAACACCCAAGAGAAAACCACUGAUAGAACGCAAACUCUAGAAGCUUCUUUCAAUAACCAAAAUGACACCGUACAGAAAGUGGUGGAAGAAGAAGAAGAUGGUGAUGAUGAAGAUGGUGAUUAUGAAGAAGAAGAGAACGGAGAGGAAGUGUUGGUGGAUCGGAAAGGGAAAGGGAUAUUGAUUGAAGAAGAUGAAGAUGACGACUCGAGUGAUGAUGAUGGUGAUGAAUCAAGUGAAUUGGACGGUGGCGAUGAUAGUGAGGAGGCGGAGGAGGAUGAUCCAUUGGCUGAAGUUGAUUUGGAUAAUAUUUUACCGUCGAGGACUCGAAGAAAAGCGGUGCAUCCUGGAGUUUAUAUUGCUAAUGACAAUCACAUGAAUGAUGAUGAUGAUGAUGAUGACAGUGACGCGUGAUUUUAAAGCAAGACAAGUUGGUGAUGUUAUCGUAGAGGGUGUUUGCCUUCAAAACUUAGUGGUAAUGCUGAAGAGUUAAAGAGGAAGAGAUGCUAGGGGAAUUGUGUUAGUAUGUUCUUUUUGGAUGAACAAUCUAGAGGAAUACAACAAGCUAGUUUUUAAGUUGUAAUGAUGGUGAUGCUCAGUAGGAUCCUUUCCUUCUAAAGUUGGUAGGAAAAAAGAUACUUUGGUGAUUGAGAUGUGUUGGAGAAAAACAUCCACCUAGGUUGGUAACGACAUGAUAGUGUAAUAGUUUUCCUUAACCAGGCCACAAUUGGCACAUAUGAUUAAUGUUCCUCACUGAGUCUAAUUGACGUCUUGGGAAUAACAGAAAAUCCAUGAAUCCAUGAUUUAGGAAAAUGAUUAAUGAAUUUUAAUUGCUGUCUAAUAGAAGCUUUCUUCUCUUGGAAAGUAUGCCACUAAAUGCUGUCCAUUAUCAACAAAUGUCGUGACUUUCGCUAGUUCAUCUGGGUAUAGCAACUACAUUGAAUAACUCAUCUGAGUUUCAUAUACUGUUCUUCCCUGAACUGUGUUGGGGAGAGUACAGAAUGUGAUUUCAUUUUAUUUGUAAAUUAUUGGUAGCAAGUUCGAAACCCUGCAUCAGGACUUGGAAAUGAGUGGGAAAAUAUGCAAAUGCAUGGUGAUUGUUGAAUAUGAGUAAACUAUUUAUGAGAUUAUGUAGUCCUGUAAAUUAGUGGUAAAGAGGUAGGUAUAUGUACCUUUGUGUGGUUUCUUGUGGUUUAGCGAUUCU